GCCGGCUCCCGCAGCGCCCGCUGCCGCCGCGGGGGGGCGCUGCCGCCCGCCCGCCCGCCGCUGCCGCCGCGUCCCCGCCCCUCCGCCAUGGCCGAUGCGGAGGACGGGGACGAGCCGGGCGCCCCCCACUCGCACCCGGGCUCUGCGGGCUCCAAGGCGGGCGCCCCCGACAAGAUGUUCUCGCUGAAGAAGUGGAACGCGGUGGCCAUGUGGAGCUGGGAUGUGGAGUGCGACACCUGCGCCAUUUGCCGAGUGCAGAUGCCUGUCUUAGAUGUCAAGCUGAAAACAAACAAGAAGAUUGUGUUGUGGUUUGGGGAGAAUGCAAUCACUCCUUCCACAACUGCUGCAUGUCCUUGUGGGUGAAACAGAAUAAUCGCUGUCCCCUCUGCCAGCAGGACUGGGUAGUCCAGAGAAUAGGCAAAUAAAAACACUCAAAGUUGUUUGUGGUUUUUUUUCUGUUGAACCUCUUGAAAUAGUGUAUGUAUUAUGCUAUAUGCACAUACAGAAGAACAGAACAUGUCAAUCCUGGCAUGACUUAUUUAGUGUAUUUGCUACAAGAACAGUGUGGUUUUGUUGUAUGCUCUUUGCUGUAUGAGGGGGCAAUGGUCAGUCUUGCUGCAGGUGUUUUCACAAUUGAAAGAAGAGAAACACUACAUUAACGGACAUAUCUGUUACAAUUUGAGUGUUAACUGUAUCGGAGCAUAGCAGUGUGGUGAUGCAGAUUAUACCCUAAAUACAGUUUAUUUCAUAUUUCUGUGUAGAUAAAUAAAUUCAUUUCAAUGGGCAACCUUACCCAUAAGUCUAAUAGGCUGUAUAGUUUACUGUCAGGAUAAAUAAAUAAAUAAAUUGUUUUAUAAGUAAUAUUGUGUACAAAAACAGAGUUGGUGCAUUUUUUUAGAUAGUAUUCUGUUUUUUAAUCUAAAAUUAAUAGUGUGUAAAGCAUUUGCUAUGUGCUUUUUCCAUCACAUUAUACUAAACAUUUCUAAUUUAGGUUUUCUUUAUGACUUCAGAAAAUGUUUUGUUGUAUCUCUGUCUGUUGCUGUGUUAUAUUCUAUACAUGAUUUCUACAACUGUAGUGUUAUUAAUAUUUUUUAAUUUAUAUUUCUGUUGGAGAUCAUGGAGACAUGUAUUUUUAAUCCAGAGGCUUUUGGUAUAGCGACAUGUAUUUUAUAUCAGUUAACCAAUGGUGUAAACCAUCUCUCUGGUUAGCUGAAUAAUAUAGAAAACAAAUAAAACUUGAAUAUCCCAAGGAAAGCAGGUAUUAAUUACAUCUAGGAAAAUUGUUCAAUUGUGGUUUCAUGAAAACUCAGCUAAUAGAAACUUCUUUAUCAUUUUAUUGGUUACAGUGUUUUAGAAGUGGGAGGGAGCAUUGUUUCAUUUUUGUGGAAAUCCUCAAUGUAUCGUUUUUAUAUUAAUCAUGUGAUUUUUUUUCUUACAAAUAUUGAAGUGCUUGCCUCUGACUUCGUCUUUUCCCUAAAUAUGCAAAGUAAUUACUAUUAAUCUGAGUGUAUGCUGUGGAUUUUUUUUUAAUAUAUGUGAUAAAGCGGUUGAAUUACUACUUUAAGGCUGUAACAAAUUCAGGCUUAAUAAAAUGGUUAAUAAACCUGGGUGAACUUGAAGCAA